UGCCGGCUAAUGUCAUCAAAGGCAUCAUACGUGUAUUUUUUCGGUCCUUGUCCUUUCGCUCAGCUUCACAUUGUCGGCGAGAUUAAUCGCACGGUUGUAGUCGCAGGAUAAGUUGUCGUAAAAAUGUUAGGCUCAUUUAAAUUUGUGUUACUGUUAAGUUUAAUUUAUUUGUGUAAAGCGGCUGAAGAAGAUGUACUAGACCUAACAGACUCGGACUUUUCUACCCUUAUAUCUGAACAUGAUACAGCACUCGUCAUGUUUUACGCACCUUGGUGCGGUCAUUGUAAGAGAUUAAAACCAGAAUAUGCGCAAGCGGCCGGCAUCCUGAAGAACGAUGAAACACCGGUGAUGCUUGCUAAAGUAGACUGUACGGAAGGAGGAAAGAGUACCUGCGAGAAGUUCUCCGUGUCAGGCUACCCUACCCUCAAAAUAUUCAGAAAAGGCGAACUUUCUCAAGAAUAUAAUGGACCUAGAGAAUCAAAUGGUAUUGUGAAAUACAUGCGGGCGCAAGUCGGUCCCAGCUCCAAGGAUCUGUUGACUGUAGCCGAUUAUGAAGCAUUUACUUCCAAGGAUGAGGUUGUUGUGGUUGGAUUCUUUGAGAAGGAGACAGACCUGAAGGGAGAGUUCCUGAAGACUGCUGACAAAAUGCGCGAGGAAGUCACCUUUGGCCACACUUCUGCUAAGGAAGUUCUAGAAAAGUCUGGAUACAAGGACAAUGUUGUGCUGUUCCGUCCCAAACGUCUUCAGAACAAGUUUGAGGAGUCCUCAAUUGUGUACAAAGGCGACACCGACAUGUACUCUCUCAAGGCCUUCAUCAAGGAGAACUACCACGGUCUAGUAGGCGUUCGUCAGAAGGAAAACAUUCAGGAAUUCACCAACCCCCUGGUGGUGGCCUACUACGACGUUGACUAUGUCAAGAACCCCAAGGGCACCAACUACUGGAGGAACCGUGUGCUGAAGGUGGCAAAGGAGAUGAACGAGGUGAACUUUGCGGUGAGCGACAAAGAUGACUUCACGCAUGAGCUGAAUGAGUUUGGCAUGGACUAUGUGAAGACCGACAAGCCUAUUGUGGCAGGACGCGACAGUGACGGCAACAAGUUCAUCAUGACUGCUGAAUUCAGCAUUGAGAACUUACUUGCCUUCUCAAAAGACCUGAUUGAUGGUAAACUGGAGCCCUUCAUCAAGUCGGAAGCUCUGCCGGAGAACAAUGACGGCCCCGUAAAGGUGGCUGUCGGCAAGAACUUCAAGGAGCUGGUGACUGACAGCGGCAGAGACGCUCUCGUCGAGUUCUACGCCCCUUGGUGCGGACACUGCCAGAAAUUGGCACCAGUAUGGGAUGAGCUCGGUGAAAAGCUCAAGAAUGAAGAUGUGGACAUUGUUAAGAUCGACGCGACCGCAAAUGACUGGCCCAAGUCCCUCUACGACGUGUCUGGUUUCCCUACUAUCUACUGGAAACCCAAAGACUCCGCCAAAAAACCCGUCAGAUAUAACGGUGGGCGUUCAUUAGAAGACUUCCUCAAAUACGUAUCAGAGCACGCCUCCAGCGAACUCAAAGGCUGGGACAGAAAGGGUACUGCCAAGAAGGAUGAGUUGUAGGCAACAUUUUUGUGAUGUGAAACUUUCUAUGAAAGAUCUGUGAGUGAAUGUAUUGUGUGCGAGUGCCUGCAUAUGAUGAUAGAUAACUCAUUUGUUUUGAUUUGAUAAUACAGAUUGAUAAUUAUUACAGAUCACAGUUUAAAAAGUAGCAUCACUUUUUAUGACAUGUUAAAUAGAAAUAAAUAAUUGAAAUAGGGCAACACUUUACAAUUGUCUCGAAUAAUUUUAUAUCGUUAUUGAUGUAGUUUUUAAUAUAAAAUAUCAGGGGCACAAAUGCAUCUGUUUCAAACAAAUGAGAACAAUCUAUCUGAUUAUUCUAAAUACAGUAAUAUUAAAUGCAUUUCUUAUUUUUGUCAGUGG